AAAAUGUCCGACUGGGAGGAGGAGGACCACGAGGGCGGCGCUGCCUCCCAGAAGCCCGCCACAAAGCCCGCCACAAAACCCGCCCCAGCUGAAAAGUGGCCCGUGACGUUCACCGUGGAAAACGCGUUAGUUGGGAGAAUAAUAGGUCGCGGAGGAGCCAAAAUACGUGAACUUGAAGAAAGCACAGGUGUGAGGAUAAAGAUAAACAAAGGGGACUAUGAAGGGGAGGUGGUCCUCUUUGGGUCCUCUGCCGCACAGCAGAAAGCCAAGGAGAUGAUAGAAGAACUGGUGGCAGAUGGCAACUCGCGAUCUCGCGAUGGUCCUGGUAGGAGGGGAGACUAUGGAGGAGGAGGAGGUGGUGGAGGAGGCUACAGAGGCUACGGUGGUGGAGGAGGCUACGGAGGUGGAGGUGACGGAGGAGUAAGGCAUCACUCUGUCUGGUCUACUACAGAACAGCAGGCUGCGGUGACUGCCCCGGACCCUCCAUCUAUAGACUGGAACGACAUCCGGGAGAACAAGGACAAGUAUGAGGAGCUCAAGUGGAAAGACCUCCCAUCCUUGAAGAAGAACUUUUACAUGGAGGCAGAGAGUGUUUCCACGCUCACAGCAGAGGAAGUCAGUGAAUGGAGGAAGGAGAAUAACAAUAUCUUUGUGGAUGACCUGAAGGAGGAGGGGGAGAAGCGACCCAUCCCCAAUCCCUGCCGCACCUUUCUGGAGGCCUUCCAGCUUUAUCCAGAGAUCAUGGAAAAUAUUGAACACGUUGGCUUUGUCAAACCAACCCCCAUCCAGUCUCAGGCGUGGCCGGUGUCCCUGAGCGGGGAGGACCUGAUCGCCAUCGCUCAGACCGGAACAGGGAAAACCUUGGCCUACCUGCUGCCAGGGUUCAUCCACAUGGACGGACAGCCUGUGCCUCGAGCAGAGCGUGGUGGUCCAGGCAUGUUGGUGCUGACUCCCACCAGAGAGCUCGCCCUGCAGAUUGAAACGGAGUGCAGCAAGUAUCGCUACAAGGGCUACAAAAGUGUCUGUAUCUACGGCGGAGGAGACAGGAGAGCCCAGAUCAACCUGGUGAAGGGCGGCGUGGACAUAGUGAUCGCUACGCCAGGCCGACUAAAUGAUCUGCAGAUGAAUGAGCUGAUCAAUCUUCGCUCCAUCACCUACUUGGUGCUGGACGAGGCGGACCGAAUGCUAGAUAUGGGCUUUGAACCCCAGAUCAUGAAGAUUCUCCUGGACAUCCGCCCAGACCGACAGACCGUCAUGACCAGUGCGACCUGGCCCACCGGUGUGAGGCGGUUAUCCAAAUCCUAUCUAAAGAACCCCAUGAUGGUUUACGUCGGCACCCUGGACUUGGCGGCCGUUAACACAGUGCAGCAAACGGUGCUGAUCGUCCACGAGGAGGAGAAGAAGUCCUACGUGUUCGACUUCAUCAGAAACAUGCUGCCUCUGGAUAAAGUCCUCAUCUUUGUUGGCAAGAAGCUUGUGGCCGAUGACCUGUCCAGUGACAUGUGUCUGCAGGGUCUGGCUGUGCAGAGUCUCCAUGGUGACCGUGAGCAGUGUGACCGAGAAGAGGCCCUCAAGGACUUUAAAGAGAGCAGAGUCCGUAUCCUGGUCGCUACAGACUUGGCAUCUCGAGGGCUGGAUGUCCACGACAUAACGCACGUCUUUAACUAUGACUUCCCUCGUAACAUAGAGGAGUACGUUCAUCGUGUGGGCCGCACUGGUCGAGCAGGACGCUCAGGUGCUGCUGUUACCCUGGUAACAAGAGAAAACUGGAGAAUGGCCCCUGAGCUGAUUCACAUCCUGGAGCGAGCAGGACAGGAGGUUCCAGAGGAGCUGGUGCUCAUGGCAGAGAGAUAUGAGAAGCACAAGAGGGAGAAGGACAUGUGCAAUCCAAGAGGAGGACCGGGAGGAGGAGGAGGGAGGAGAGAAGGUGGAGGAGGAGGGGGGAGGAGAGAAGGUGGAGGUGGAGGAGGAGGAGGAUGGGGUAGGAGAGAAGGUGGAGGAGGCAGGGAUCGAAACCAAAACUGGGGAUUCUAAUGCAUGAUGUCCGUGGUGGAGCAGGAUCUGACACAACCUGUUUUGUGAUUUCUUUUGAAUGAAGUCAUGACCUGGAUCAAGUCCAGGAGCUCGUCUGCAGUACAUGGACAGGAAGUGACUUUGAUUGGCAGACCAUGUGAGAUUUACCAGAAGAGGUGUGACGUUAGAAACAUCCUUCCAGAGAAAACGCUGCAGUUUCUGGACCCGGUCUCCAUCUGGUUCAUCAGCCGCUCUUAGGCCCGCUAUGGUUUUUGGAUAUAUCUUACCACGAGGUGUCCCUCUCUUCGUCUGUGGGCGCUGCUGCCUUUUACUUUGUUUGCUACAGACAUUCUCACACAUCCAGUACAUGCAU